AUGAGGCCACCCAGAGGCGGCGGAGGUUUCCGCGGGCGCAGCGGCGACCGCGGUGGCCGCUUCGGUGGUGGCGGCCGCGGCCGCGGCGGCGGGGGCCGCUUCGGCGGAGGUGGCGGCUUCCGCGACGAGGGCCCUCCGGCCGAGGUCGUCGAGGUGUCGACGUUCGUGCACGCGUGCGAGGGCGACGCCGUGACCAAGCUCACGAACGAGAAGGUGCCCUACUUCAACGCGCCCAUCUACCUCCAGAACAAGACCCAGAUCGGCAAGGUCGACGAGAUCUUCGGCCCCAUCAACGAAUCAUUUUUCUCGGUCAAGAUGUUUGAGGGGGUCAUUGCAACAUCCUACAACCAAGGUGACAAGUUCUUCAUUGACCCCAUGAAGCUGCUGCCUCUCUCGCGCUUCCUGCCACAGCCAAAGGGCUCGACUACAGGAUUUUCUCGAGGUGGUGGCCGUGGUGGAAGAGGUGGUGCUCGUGGUGGCCGUGGUGGAUUCCGUGGAAGAGGUGCCCCAAGGGGCCGUGGUGGACCUCCCAGGGGUGGAGGGCGUGGAUUCAGAGGACGUGGCAGAUAUUAGGAUUUAGUUUUAGUUUGAUGUUUGUUUUGACAUCAUGUUCUACAUGGCUCAGCUGGAAACUAUAGUGUUCUUGUAAACCUUAUGUUAAGUUAGCUGAGUGCACUCAAUUGCGUAUGUGUGGGAAGUCGAAUUCUCUGUUGAACAGAUCCUUUGUAUCUUUAAGUCCAUGCAUUCAUCGUUUA